GGGCCAAAAAAGGUUUAAGGUGUAGUAUUCCGCAAUGGCGCCACGGCGGCCCAAGGGCACGGGCAGGAAGAAGAUCGAGAUCCGGCCCAUCGAGAGCAAAGAGGCGCGGCAGGUAUGCUUCUCCAAGCGCCGCGUGGGGCUGUUCAAGAAGGCGAUCGAGCUGGCGACCAUUUGCGACGCCAAGGUGGGCGCUGUCGCCUUCUCCCCGGGCGACAACGUCUUCACCUUCGGCCACCCCUCCGUCGACUCCGUCCUCGACCGUUUCUACUCUUCGGAGAUGCAGGCCGCGGAAGCGGAGGGCGGCGGCGAAGACGGCGGCGGCGACCUGAACCAGGCGCUGGCGGAAGCGGCGGGCGGCGGCGACGACGGCGGCGGGGUCCUGAACCAGGCGCUGGCGGGCGGCGGCGAUGACGGCGGCGGGGACCUGAGCCAGGCGCUGACGGAAGCGACGGGCGGCGGCGACGACGGCGGCGGGGACCUGAACCAGGCGCUGGCGGAAGCGGCGGGCGGCGGCUACCUGAACCAGGCGCUGGUGGAAGCGGCGGGCGACGGCGGCGGCGACCUGAACCAGGCGCUGGCGGAAGCCUUGGGCGGCGGCGACGACGGCGGUGGCGACCUGAACCAGGCGCUGGUGGAAGCGGCGGGCGACGGCGGCGGCGACCUGAACCAGGCACUGGCGGAUCUGAACCAAGAGCAGGACGAGCUUCACGGACGGGUGGAAGCGGAGAAGGUGCAGAGGGACUCCGCGGAGGAGGUCGUAGCGAAGGCGCGCGCCGAGGGGUGCCAAACGACGGCGUGGCUCGACCGCUACGUGGUCCAGAUGGGGGAGGAGGACCUGGGUCCCUUCGCGGCCGUGCUGGCCAAGGUUCAAGCUGCCGCGGCGGCGCGAGCCGGCCAGGUUCUUCAGCAGGCGCUAUUCACCCACCUCACGGUGCAGGGCGGUGGCGGCGGCUUUGAGUUCGGUGGCACCAGCAGCGGGAUGGAGAUGGACAGGGAGACGAAGAACAAGCUUCACAUGAUAAUGGUGCCGCCGCCGCCACUGCCUGGGUACGCCGCCGGACCGGAGAUGACGCCUCAGGGUCAGGGGUUUGGGCCGCAUGGCUUCCCCCAGUGAGGACAAGGACAAGAUCCUGGCUGCUGGCUCUUUCGAUGCAUGCAUGCAUAAUUGCAUAGACGUGCCUGAAAGUUACCCGCAUCGCUCGUUUAUCUUUUUUAGAUCGUGAUUCUCGCUUUAGUUAAGUGCAUCGAGCAUGUAGAUGUAGGUGACAUCCAUCUACCCGCAUGAAGCACGAGUACCCUUUUUUUUUAAAUCAAUUUCGUAUCCUCUUGCGGUGCAUCAGCAUUGCUGUUAGUUUUCCUCAAAUAAUCAGUCGCUUGUAAUGAUUUGUAUGAUUGUAUCUGUUGCACAACGAAAAUA